UUAAUUUUGUAAAUGGAAGGGUAGGAAAUACAAGCAGCUAAGGACACAUCGUAGAAUAGAUAAAGGCCUUAAAUAGAUUUCACACCAGUAGUUGUACUGUAAAAUAGAUAUGUUGAGAUUUCCCGGUAUUUCGCUCUUCUUUUUUGUUUUGUUUUCCUUAUUUAUAUACACUUGAUUAUAAUGGAAAGUGUGAAGGGCCAGAUUUAGAUGCUCUGUGUUUUAGACCUUGAUUCACCUGCAGGAGGAGCUGUGGCUCGCUGGAGUCUCUCUGUAGCAGAAGAGAGAGAUCCCUCUUUUUCUCCUUCAGUGGCAAGAAUAAUAUCCCCAGCGCUGGAGAGAGAGCCUAUCAAGAGGCAAAUGGGAAGGGAAGAGAGAUAGCUGCCACCGUGAUAGAUAAGAGUGUGCCAGAACUUGUCUUCUUGACUGCACUGUGGGCCAGGGAAAGAGAGAACAGGUGCACCAGAGUGUCAGGCUGCUGCUUGCACAACAAAAACACACACUCUCUUUCUCACAUACACACACACACAUACACACACACACACACAAACAGAGACAGACAGACUCCUGAGCCUGGUCGCACCAGAAGAAGUUCAGACCUCAGAAGAAGACUGACCUCACACAGGUGGGUUAGCAGAAGUUUUGUCUGUGGAUUCACCCAAAUAUUAUGGCUUUGUUCCAACUGAGCCUUGUUGUCCUGUAGAGGAAUUGUGCCUUUCCCCUGCAGAAGAACUUGUUCCGUGCUUGCAGCUUGAGGGAGGAUGGAGAAGCUGUCGGGGAAAGACAAGGAGCUGAUACGAGGCAGCUGGGAGAGCCUGGGCAAGAACAAAGUUCCUCACGGUGUCAUCAUGUUCUCCAGAUUGUUUGAGCUGGACCCUGCGCUGCUCAAUCUUUUCCACUACAGCACAAACUGUGGUUCCACACAAGACUGCCUCUCCAGCCCUGAGUUCCUGGACCAUGUCACCAAGGUCAUGCUUGUGAUUGAUGCAGCAGUCAGCCACCUGGAUGAUCUUCACUCUUUGGAGGACUUUCUGCUCAACCUUGGGAGGAAGCAUCAGGCGGUGGGAGUCAAGACACAAUCUUUUGCUGUGGUGGGGGAGUCCCUACUCUACAUGCUGCAGUGCAGUCUGGGCCAGGCCUAUACAGCCCCGCUGCGUCAAGCCUGGCUCAACAUGUACAGCAUUGUGGUAGCUGCAAUGAGUCGAGGGUGGGCCAAGAAUGGCGAGGACAAGGCCGACUGAGGCGCACAGUGGGAGCCGCUGAGCAGUUGCUGUCAAGCGAUCAACAUGGUUGCCAUGGAAUAAGGUUGUAUAACUGUGCAGCAUUGUUGCUUUGGCUGCUGUACAUUUGCUCUGUGAGAAAAGGUUGUAUAGCGUAGUGAAUGUGUGCUAUAGUUACACCUCUAAAUCGCACUGAUCGCAAAGUUUCUGCUCUUUGCUGUGGAUGUUUAGCUGCAAGAUAAAGCUGUUGAACAGCUAUGGGAAUCUGAGUGAGCCGGCUUGGUUUUUUCUGAGAUUGGAUUUAUAAUCUGAGCACCUGGAUUGCGAGAAAGAAUUAAGGAAAAGUAUUUAGUACCGUUGUAUAUAAUGGCUUUGAUAUAUCUACUGAAAUCCUAACAGUUACUGUAGUAGUCUUUGUGAUGUAUCUUAAAAGAACUGCACACUUGUGAAAUACUAGAUAUCAUAUUUAAGCAUCACACACUACUCAAACUGUGACUGUUACUGUGGCCAGACAAGGCAGCUCCUUAACUCACUGGAACACGGUGAUAAUUCAAACCCAUGGGACAAUGCAAUGUGAUUUUACACGAGAAAAUCAGAUCACAUCAGUCAUAGUCAUGACUGUAUGUGUUUCUUUUUUAUUGCUUUGUGACUUUAUCUGAAUUUUUAGCUGCUGAAGUUAAUCAUGUUUAUUAAAUGUUAUUCAAUAGCUAUUGACAAGAACUGUUAUACUCUCUGAUAGCUUUCUUCUGUGGUCUAUGACUGUUAAGGUGGUGGUUUGCACCUUAUUAGAUGUGGUGUGCGAUGCUCUCCUCGGUGGAGGUUGUGGGUAUAUCAGUAGGGGUUUAAAGACUGUUAAACUCUCACUAACAGACUGUUAUGUGAUCUUUACCAUUUGACAGUAAAGGGCAUAUUGAAGGAACUGUUAACAUCUUCGUUCCUUGGAUAGUGGUUUCCAUUUGUUGUUCGUGUGAAGUAGGUUUGCUGUGUUAUAGAUGUUUAUCUUACUAUUGCUUAUCGACCGCACUGUUGCGGCUAAAAGUGUUGUUAUAUCAGCAACUUUAAAGGUGAGGAUAAUCAGAGUGGCCUGUGUUACUCCAACGCAGAGAAGCUUUUCUUUUCAGUGUAUUAACACAAAACAAAUGCACGGAAACCGUGUGCUGAAACUGUCUAAUAUGUGUGUUUUAAUAUUAUUAUUAUUAUAACUGCCAUAUCACUAUGUAUCAUUCACAGUUGUCAUUUUUAUUCACGGCCAGAGAGCCGAGUAACUUUACGACAGUGUGCCAAGUAUUAGACAAUAACAUCAUUCAACUGUAAAUCCAAGCUGCUGAUAUGUGGUUAUUAUCGCUUUAGUCUGAGUUUAUAUUUACAAAGCUUAUUUUUAUAUUCUGAAUUGUACGUGAAGUAAAAUACUUUUUUCCUCUGAAUGUCAUAGCAAAAUAUAUCCUUCAGAUAUAUAAUCUUUUAAUUUAAAAACCCCGUAUAAGUAAACAAAUGGAAAAAUGUGCUAUUUGGAUUAGGUUUCAUAUCUUCAGAAAAAAAUAACUAUUAUAACUAAACGCACAAAUCUUACAGAAAAUAAAAGCUGUGUGUGUGUGCACGUUUUUUUUAUUUAUUUUUUUUAAAUGAAUAGUUUUAUUCUGACAUGGUCUGUUCAGUCUGUACUUUCCAGCCCACAGGUGUAAUGUUUGUUAACUUGCUGUGUGGGUCGUAUAUUUAUAUUGACUCUUUUUUUUAGUAUCUGUACACAACCCAUUGCAGGUUGUUUACUCCAUGUGUCUGUUUUAAUUAACUGACAGUAAGCAUUUAUUGCCAACACGACUGAUAACUGGUUGGUUAAUAUUUUAGCAUCCAGAUGUGUACAUAUUGGGUGUUACUGUCUACCUCAUCAUUAUCAGCUGCUACUGAAGAGUGAUGACUUCACCUAGUUAUCCUUCAACCAAAAAACGCACAUUAUUGUUAGUCAGUACAAGUACGCACUCUUUGUUAACGGGAUUCCACCCUACACUUUAAAGAAGAACAUGUUAUGUGUUUACUUGAUACUGAAUAAAGUGAUCUG